AUGACCAAGGAACGGAUCAGCUCUGCCGAGCUGGCACAGCGCAAAGAGGAGUAUUAUGAACUGCUGGAAACCAGUGACAAUUCACUACGAGAUGUUUUAAACCAAAGGGGUGGGCUGGUGCUCGCUCGCGUUGGACGUUAUCAGCCCUGGCCGGCAAGGUUUAGCGAGCCAGGAGAGUUUGCUAAGAUGGCGCGUUAUCGAGCCAAAAAGGGACAGGCCUGCGUUUAUUUCUUUGGCAGCAGAAACUACGGAUGGGUUACCAAGUCGUCGAUUCAGCCGUUUCCGGAAGACCUUACAACACUUACAGCAUCGAAUAAGUACAACCAGGCUCUUAUCGAAGAAGCGCUGGAUGAAGCAAAGCUUGUCAUGGACGUGACUGAUGACACCGGUAGACGUUUCUUCGACCGCAUCUUAGAACGCAAGAAUGAAGUUGUGGAUUUGCCGUGCGAACGCUGUAAUCGAGUGGAUGACCACUACUCGCUUCUAAUUUUAUGCGACGGAAAGAAAUGUAAGCGCGAGUAUCAUAUGAACUGCCUGAUUCCUCCAUUGGUGGCAGUUCCGCCCGGCGAGUGGUUUUGCCCAGACUGCGAAAAGGAACGCGAAAAGCAUGAGUUGAAACGUACGAAGGCAGACGCAAUGGAUAAGCAGGACAUGACCUUUAGCGGUACAGGGAUGAACGGAGUCGAUGGAACGUUACUGUCAGCUAAAAUGUCAAAGAAGCCGAAAAAGCACAAUUACAAGUCCAAAGAUGGCACGAUGAAGCGACGUCUAGGCUCUACUUCUCCAGAUCGGCCCAGCACAUCAGUAAAAAAGCCACGAGCUCGACGUUCGCCAUCUCGGGAAGUCUCGCCACCUCCGGGAAAGGAUUUUACGCUUCCAAAAAAAUUGGAUGGGAGAAAGAAGAAACCAUCUCAAAUUUCGAUUCCUAACAGCAGAGCUCAACUUUUGUCCGAUCCCGAAUUCAUCACAGCUGAUGAAGAACAGCGGUCGGAGGAGAAGUGUUUGAUUUGCAACUUUGGAGGAGAGCUGAUAGUGUGUGAGUUUCCAGGUUGCACUAAGGUCUACCACCAAUUUUGUUUGGGUGCUUAUCCAUUCCCGAAGGAUGAAAAUGCAACUUGGUGUUGUCCUCGACACACAUGUGCGCUCACGGGGGAGAAGGAAAUAUGUGAUGAUGGUGAGAAGUCUACGAGUAAGCUCAAGCAUGCAUCGCCUCGGAAGAGUAGUAUCAAAAAUUGCCUAUGGAAGUGUAUCCUGUGCCCUCUUGCGAUAUCAGACGAAGCUUUGCCACAGGUACCACAGGGAAACCUGCUUUCCAAAAAAUCGCGGACAUUCAUCUGUCCCUAUUGCUUCCAUACGCCACCCAAAGUUCAACUUGCUAAAAGGCUAGAAAAGGUCUGGUCGACAAUGGCCACAAAUCGACAGGGGAUGCCGUUCUGUGGUCCGUUAUUGUGUGGAGUCGAGCCAGUUGACGGGCAAUUGGUGGGUCGUAGGGCACAGCUGGAUUUGUUUAAGGUGCUUGCACGGAUUCGUAGAUUGGAUUACGAGGAUUCAGUGUCCUUUUCAAGAGACAUCGACGAGGUGAUUGCAAACGCUAUUGAUCUUAUUGCAAAUCGCUCGUUCCCGUUGAUGGAGGCGGCAAAAUCACUGACAAUCAUUCGCAACGAGCAGUUUGCAAUUCAUCAGCAGAAGCUUAUGUUCCUUGACAGUAAAAUUCGCCGCCUAAGGACUUAUCGAGAGAACAAGAUUGACGACAAGGAUGAGUACAUAAAAAAUUGGCCUCUUCGAUGGCGCCAAGAAUGUGGCCCAUUCGACGACAAGCACUUUCCUCAAGUGGACGCGAAGUCACUAGAUGAGUGGACUGCGUUUGUUUCGGCAGCACCUUUGUAUGCCAGCGGGGACGAAUUUGACGGCCGAAGUGUUGGUGGAAUGUACAUGAGUGACGAGAUGAGCGGAACCGAAGAUAUACCUUACCAGUCGAUGGGGUUGAUGCGUAGCAGGAGUCCAUCAUUAGGCUCCGUGAAUGAUUUAUCUGGCCCUCCAGCGAGAAGACGGACGAAAACAAAUAUUAGCUUGUCAGAAGGAACGGAUGUGAUGAUUGCUCUCGGAGAUCUGUCGAAGUCAGGAUCUGGCAAUCCAAAACGAAGGUUUGGUGGUGAGGAGGCGAAAGGACUGGACAGUAUGGAUGCUCGCAAGUUUUUUCUUUCUCCGUCAACCAGUGAGAUGCAGCACAUGUUUGACCAACAGUCCACCCUUUUGCGUAGCGCAUUAGAGGCGCACUCUACAUUGCAGCAGUCGUGGCUCAUCAGCCAACAAGACAUGUUGGGUCUUGGCGGACGUGGAGGAUUUUCAGUCGGGGAAGGGCGGCUUGCCGCGGAAUUGCGACUGGCAAACAAGAAUUUGAGACAAAGAUUGCGGAACAAGGACAAACUUGUUGAUCAGUUGACUUCGGACCAUAUGACACUUCGGGCAGAGGUGAUCAACCUGCAGAGAGAACUGUCGCAAACCAAGAAUCAUUCCCGAAAGCUGGAGGAUCGAAUUGCUAAUGAAAGUAGGACUGAAGGCCGGGGCGAAAGUUACUCCGGAAAUCGCGUUACUGCCUUCAACGGGGGUGUUUCCGCCACACCAGAUCGUACCGCGGACGUGGAGCACGUGUUUUAG